AUGAGUUCUCAUCUUCGAUCCCGCCUGAAAAAAGUUCUCACACCCGCUGUGUCUCCUACAGUGCGAGUGGCCGACGGCAGCCGAACAUCAGUUCUUGGUAUGUGCACCGCCCGCGUCACUGUUGCUGGCCACCAUACUUCAGUUCUCUUCGCAGUUCUCGACGCCUGCCCACACGAUGUCAUUCUUGGCAUUGACUUCUUGACCGCACACUCGGCCCUCAUCGAUUGUUCCGCCGGCACUUUACGGCUCGAGUUGCCUUUGUGCUCCGAUGUUACUUCUGCAAAUCGCACACGGCUACGGUCCGUGGAGUGUCUACGGAUACCGCCUCAGGCUGCUAUGUACGUUCAUAUGUCGCCGUUCCCACCAGUUCCUGAUGGCGACUAUCUGGUAGCUCCCGUCAUUGACCUGACCCUUUCCCGCAACAUCGCCCUUCCGCAUACUAUAGUGAGUGUUGCCAACAACAGGACGCUUGUACCUAUUCUAGACUUCUCUGCGUCGACCCAGGUCCUUCCUGAAGGCAUUGCCUUAGCAGAACUCUCAACUCUGGAGCAAUGUACGGUUUCAGCUUUCACCCCUGACACCCAGACCGUCGCCGAGCCUGUCAUAACCGCGCACAAUAAGGCAUUCCUGGACAAAAUGAUAGCCAGUGACCUGUUACCUUCCCAAGUUGAAGCACUCCGCAGUGUUCUCUUUUCUUACCUCGACAUUUUUGACCUCGACGACCGUCCCCUGGGCCGCACACGCGUCGUAGCCCACCGCAUCGACACCGGCGACGCCAGUCCCCUUCACAAACGCCCUUACCGUGUGUCUCACCCUGAGCGCCAAAUUAUACAGAAGGAGGUAGAGAAAAUGCUCGACAAAGACGUCAUAGAGCCUUCCUCAAGUCCCUGGGCAUCACCUGUGGUGGCGGAUGAACAACGCCGCGACCCAUCGCUGCGCUCCAUCAUUGACCGCCUUCAGACCGGCGAUACCGACCCUUCACUGAGCACACUAACGGGCUGA